AUGGUACACACAAAGCAAGACGAGCAUCACAAGGGGAAGGCUGCCGUGCCGGAGACUACGGGAACGUCGGAGGGAUCGGCCGCACGCAACAUUCAACGCAAACACAACAGCGACCCUGGUCAAAAGGAAAAGAAGCAAGGAGGAGGAGGCGGUGGAAAAGGAAAAUGGGACGUCUUGGAUGAUGGAUCCAUGCCAGCAGAUGCCUAG